AUGUCUCACUCGCAGGGUCACCUGGACGCCACGCAGGUUGUGGUGCCUGCGGCUGGCGAGAAGUUCGUCGCCGAGGACGGAACCGUCUCCGUCGUGCUGGCCGACACCGUCGACGCCGACUACGAGCCGACGCAGGAGGAGGUGGAGGAGUUCGCCGAGUGGAUGGGCAUGCAGCUCCCGGCGGACAAGGAAUUUUUGCACAUCGCGCGGGAGGGGUUGAAGGCGCCGCUGCCGGCGGACUGGCGGCCGUGCCGCACCAACGAGGACGAGAUUUACUACUUCAACUUCCGGACGGGCGAGAGCACGUGGAAUCACCCGAUGGACGAGUUCUUCCGCCAGAAGUUUCUCAAGGCGAAGGAGCAAAAGCGGACAGCCGCAAGCGCCCCGCCGGGGGCCCCGAAGCCUGCGGCCGCGGCGAAGGCCACAUCGGGUGGAGUUCCGGGCUUAGGCGGCGGCGGCGGCGCCGGCCCGGUUGGAAUUUUGAAGAAACACCCGACGGAGACGGUGGGUGGCGCGCCCGUCCCGCUGGCGCACGCCUUCGUGCCCGCGUUGGGCGCCUCGCGGUCACUUGCGGGCGGCUCCGCAACCACCCCGCGCGAGACGUCGGCGCCGGCCGACGCGUUUAAGCAGGCGACGGCGGCCGUGGCGACCUCGCAGGGGCCCCCCGAACGACGCAUCGUCUCUGAGGCCGAAAAAAACCUUGAGGAGAAGCUCCGCCUCGAGCGCGAGGCGGAAUUCAAGGAGGAGGCGGAGAAGGCGGAGGCCGCGCACGAGGCACGGCUGGAGGAGAUGCGCCGCGCCCAUGCGGCGGAGGUAGAGAGGCUUCAGGCGGAGUGCGAGGCGAGGCGGGCGGCGAUGGAGGGACUCGCCGCCCCGGCCCCCUCCGGGGCCGAGCGCGAGGCGAUGGAGCGGAGGUGGAGGGCGGGCCUGGAGCAGGCGCUGCAGGAGGAGCGGGAGCUGCGGCAGCAGCUUGUGGAGCUGGGGGAGCAGCACCGCGAGCGCCUCUCCGGCGAGGUGGCGAAGCUAGAGGCGGCCGCCGCGGCGCAGCGGGCGCGGGAGGAGAAGCAGUUGGAGGCAGAGAGUCUGGCGGCAUUGAAAAAGCUGGAGGUCGACACGCGUGCGGAGGCAGCGAAGAAAAAGGCCGAACUGCGGCAAACGUCGCAGGCGGAGCUGCAGCGACUGAAGGUGGCCGCUGAGAAGCAGCACCAGGCGGAGUUAGUGGCGAUACGGGAGCGGCAGACGGCGCGACGGGAGAAGGGUAGAGAAGGCGAACGAAAGAGCGCCGGCAUUCGUGCGAAGGAGGAGGAGGCACUUGCCGCCCUUGAGCGCAAAUCAAAAGAGGAGCAGGACACUUUUCGUGCGACGAUGGAGGAAACCCUUAGCUGCUUGCGCAAAGAAAUUUGCGCGCUUGCGGGCUCUGUCCCCGUCACUCUUGGCAACGCGAGCAGCUCACCGGCGGACGAUGCCCUUGACAAGGUGCGCCGUCGCUGGCAGGAGGAAGAGCGAAACCGCAUGCGGGCUCUUGAAGAAGAACGGCAGAAUAGGCUCAGCUCCGUGGACCGACUGCGGUCAACCCCCGCAUCCUCCGCAUCGCCAGUGGCGGCUGGCUCUGCACUCGCGGCAGGCAAAGCUGCCACCACUGCAGUUCCUGCGGGCGGGGUUUCUGGGGACCCCCGCGCGGCGAACGAGGCGAUAUUGGCGGCGAAGGAAAAGUCUCUGCAGGAGACGGAAGCAUUUCUCCGCACGACGCUCGAGGGAGAGCUGGCACGCACGGAUGCCCCGGCGGAGGUGCAGGUUGCGGAGGCGGUGAAGAAUGACAUGAAGGUGUUCGUGCGGGCAAAGGAGUUGUCUCGGCGGCUUGAAAGAGAAGACUUUGAGCGAAGGCGCGACGCGGCGCUGGCGGAGCACAGACGGGCAAAGGCGGCCUACGAGCAGAGAGUGGCCGAGCAGCGGGCAAGGCUGGAGGCGGAGUCCAAGGCGGAGAUGGAGGAGAUGAUGCGGGAGGUGGAGGAGAGGGAGGUGGAGAAGGCGCUGCAGGCGCUGACGGCACAGCGGGAGGUUGCCGAGGGGAAACUUAAGCAACGCUACGCGGACGAGCGUCGGGUGCUUCUCGCCGAGACCGAAGAGGAGCUGCUGGCGUACGCUCAGAAGCGGCGCGUUGAGAUCGCUGCGCAGGGGGAGUCGCAGGCAAAAAGGAAGGAGACCGAGAUGCGGUCCGCGGCGGAGGCGAAGGCGAAGGCCUUGGCGGCGGUGGAGCAGGCGAGGCAGCAGUCGUCGUCGCCGCCGCCCGCGCCCACGUUGGGGGUUCCGAUGGAGGUGCUGCAGCAACGCCUGGGCCGCGUGGAGAAGGCGUACGCUGAGCAGGAGCGGAAGCUGCAGGCGGAGCUGGACUCCAUCCAUGCCGAGGUGCGGCGACUGGGGGAGGAGCUCAGCGUGCAGGGGCAGCAGGGGACACCGCUGCCGCAGGCGGGCGUCAAGUUGACGCCUGAAGUCUUCUCCACGACCGCCGCACCACUUGGCAAGAAGGGGCAGCAGCACUCCUCGCUUUUUGUCUCUGAAGCAUUGCGGUUUUUGGGCGAGCAGCAGCGGGAGUUGAGUGUGCGUCUUGGGGCGCUUCGCGCGGCCCGUGAGGAGUGGCAGCGGGACGUGCGCAACGCCAGCUCCCUCGCGCCCGCGUCCCCGCAGCCGGGGAAUCAGCUGUCGGGGCUCACGACGGAGGGGGCGGAGGCUCUGAACUCGAAGCUCCUCACUCUUGUGGGCACCUUGACCGAACGUCUCGAGGCUCUCACGGGUCGCAUCUCGCACAUGCGGACUCCCGCAGCGGCAACCUCCCCGCAGCAGCGCGAGGGGCAACUCCGUCCCCGUCUGGACCGCCAGCAUAGGCGGGAAAAGGAGGUGGCCGGCAGAAGCCCCGCGAAACGCAACAGGCGGGAGCGGGAUGCCGCCCGCGAGACGCACGUCCACGGGACUCCCGUAAAGCAGCACGGGACCGUCAACCUACUGCAAAGGUGGGACCGCAUUCUCCGCGAGUUUGCGACACCGCCGUCAGGUCACGCUGAGCUCAGUGGCUCUAUUAAGCGCCUCGUGGCGGACCAAUGA